UACAUUUCCGGCAUCGUUGCUGAACAUACCGCAGUAAUAUGGCGCCCACAAGCUUCAACGAUUGUUACUGUUAGCUAGCUAACACAAAACUAACUUCGUAUGUGAUUAAAAGAUAAUCUCGUACGUAACGAAGUGACGUUUAGUAUCAUCAUUUACAAUACCGCAUUCAUCAGCGCCUUGCCUGACCCUGCCAUGGACGUCUCUUUAUUUCUGCUCCUAAGCUGUUUUGGACUUGCCGUGAUUGCUCAAGCUCAAGACUGUUCAAAACCGACUGGAGGUGCCAACAUGGGUUUGAGUGAUGCAGAUAUUCUUCAAGAGACAUUUCCAGAUGGGAGCAAAGCUACGUUUGUUUGUAACAUUGGUUACAGGCGGGCAGAAGGGGUUCCAACCGUCACAUGCACAGCUGGCACCUGGAGCCCUUUGACGCUGAAAUGCAAGCGGAAGAGCUGUGGCUCACCGGGAGAUGUGGCGAAUGGACAAAUUAAUUUUCCAGAAGGGAUUGAGUUUGGUGAUAAGAUAUAUAUCACUUGCAACAAAGGUUACAUAUUGGUUGGUAAAAAUGAACUCUAUUGUGGGGCCGAUGGGUGGAUGGGCCGCUUGCCAUCAUGUGAAGUUGUGACCUGCGAGCCUCCAUCGCAAGUGGAAAACGGCUUCUUCAGUCCUGUCUUAGAAAUCUAUGACUAUAGAGCUGCGGUACAGUACAGCUGUCAAAAAGAUUAUACUCUCAACGGAUCCAUUAUAUUGUCAUGCUCAGAAAAUGCAAAAUUCCAACCUGAUCCUCCAGUUUGUGUCAAGGUUAACUGCCCAGAAAUCACAUCUGAUAUUCUUGAAUGGGUAGGAGGUUCAAGACCCCCAUAUGGAUACAGGGCAGCGGUGACGUUGCAGUGCGUAUCUGGAUACACGAUGAUUGGCUCUGCCUCCCUGACAUGUGACAUCAACAGUCGCUGGUCACCAGAACCUCCACGUUGUGAGCGAAAACAAACCACGCCAUCUCAGGACAAGGAGACACCAACAGCCUCUCCUACACCAGAUGACAAUAAUCAAAAUAGUGGGAAUAACGUGUGGAUGUCCGUGGGCAUCGCUGUUGCGGUUAUCAUUGCAAUAGCUGUCAUUAUUGCUGCAUGCUAUCACUUCGGAGGAUUCUCCUUCAUCAGCAAAAAGAAAACAAAUGGCUAUCGGAAGGGUCACUCCAACAAUGAGGCUACCAAAGAUGGGGAGGGAGUGGUGCUGUCGGUAAGAAGCUAGUGAGUGUGGCCGUCCUGUUGGAGCAGCAUUACUAGAAACGGGAAGAGGGCUCUUAACUGGUGUCCAGUGACCAGUGUCCCCCCCACCCCUUUUCCGUUAGACCCCUACGUGGACUACACAUCUGAGGGUCUUGUGAGACUCUUUGAUAGUUCAGUAAAUCUCACCUAUGCUUGGAGGAGCAUCUGCUAUCGAGAGAUUCCUCGUGUCUGGGCUUCAAGCUGUAAGGCAUUUCAGUAAUUUUCCUCACUCUGAUUCUUUAUAGCUGCCAUUUUUUUCUUCACUUGCAUACAGAAGUCAUCUCAUUUUAAUUUAAUUAUACUGGUUGUUAGUCCUCAAGAUAAAUUCUAUAUCCACUCUGUGGCACACCACACACAUGCAGGAAUGAUGUCCCAGUGAUGGGCCACCCAAACAGGUUUGUCUUGGAGCUAAGGUUGGGGAUGGGGCGGUUUAAGUGGCUUGCUCUCGAGCACCUCAGGAAGCGAGCAUCUCAACAACAAUUAGUUAUGUCGACGAAGACCCUUUUGUUUCCAAAGUCCUAGUCCUUCUAUCUAGACUGAGCGGCCGCUGAUGGAACUCUCAUGCUCAUAUUUAAUUAGAAGGGCUUUGCAGCCAGUGGCCUUGUGCUUCUGGUUAGAAGAUUCUGCUUUACUUAGCAGAGCUUCAAUGAGAUCUCUGAGGAGGUGGUACCAUUUGUAUUCAUGCACUUUGUGUGUUAGCUUGUGGGUUUUUUUUUUGUUUUGUUUUUUUACCAAGAUUGCAUUAUUGUGAACCCACAAAUAUUCAUGAAAAUAAUUUAAUGAUAUCCCUUUUCAUGUACAUCUGAAUGUAAAGAAAUAAUCUAAGAAACAUGCUUUGUUUCUUCAUGGAUGAAUAUGUACUUGCACUUUUUGCUUUAAAAAAAAAUCAUAUUUAAUGUCUGUUGGUUGAUUUGUGUGCCUGCAACCAGCUUAGCGGGCAAUAGAAGUGUUGGUGUGGGUUUAUAUGCCAGCAUUCUUUGUCACUGCUGGAGUGCCAAUAGGAGGCUCUGCAUAUUGAAUGUGUGUCAUGUUAGUCAUGCUGCUGGCCUGGUAAAUGGAUCAGCAUACUUUUGCAUUGCACUGUUUGUUUUUUUGAAGCUAAACAAUGAAAUAAAAAUGAAGCGUAUGCACUUUGUUCACUAUUAUUUUGAAAAGUUGCCUAUUGCAGUAACACGUCUUUUUUGAUACAAUCUUGAUUGGAUGGAGUCACCGUUUUAAUCUAAAAUAAUCACAUUGUCUUCAUUGCAAGGUAGGCUUUAAAACAAUGUAUCAGCAUUUAUCACAAUGACCCAUACA